AUGGAAGAUGACUCUAAUUUAUCGACAUGGACCGAUACAUCCUGUGAACUCUUUGGUUCAUUUGCAGAUGUACAUAGUCCAACAGAGCGUGUAGAGAUGCUGAUUAGACGAAGAAUUCAUUAUAAUAUAGUUGUUCCAGAUACAUCUUUUCUUCUACAAAAUUUUAAUCAAUUACUUCAAUUAGCAAAACAUCGAGAAAUUGUAAUUCCACAUUCAGUCUUAUUAGAUGUUGUGCAUUCCGCCUUGGACGAUCAAGGACCUCGUCGUUUUAAUUCACGUCGCGUAUUACAAUCUCUAAUGUACGCGACAACAAAUAAAAACACAAUACGAGAGUGGAGUCCAUCAACAAAUCCUUAUUCCAUUCCGAUGAAACGCGGUCAAGGGGGAGUUACGCUUUUAGGACUACAGGACGAAGUGGUUCUUCUUGAGGGAAGUUCUGAACGUUUCUUUUUAGCCGAAACAUUUUCUCAGCAGGAUCCAAAUACAGUUUCUGUUGGAAGUACAAGUAUCGCCACUGUAUUGGUGGCAAAACAGUUGGAAAAGUUGGUGGUCCCACAAAAUAGUCGCACAUCUCAACAACAACAACAACAACAACAACAUCAACAACUUUCCGUUGUACAUGCGAGCGAAGUAGAUCACCUUGUCGCAGGACUCAUUGCAUCUAUGAACAACAACGAUCAUUAUAAUAGGGAUUAUAAUAAGAAGAGAGAUAAUUAUGAUGCUGCUGCAUAUACUGUUGGGAAACCAGCACCGUUGUUUAAAUCACGCUCACGUUCUUUUUGGGCUCGCAUGCCUGUUGUGUUGGCAACGACAAAUGAUGAGACGCGAAGAGCAGCUUUUAUGGUUGGUUUGUCUAUGUUUCCACCUGUUAGUGCUGCGUAG